CGAGAAACCACCUUCAUCGCCUGCCUCAAGGUGACCACGCUGUUCGUCUUUGGCUUCUUCGACAUGAUCAUGACGCCAGCCUACCUCGCCGCCGGCCAGCCGCUGCUCCAGACGGCAGGCGUCGCCCUCUGCGGCCUCAUCCCCGCCGCCUACGUCGCCUGGAGCACGGCGCCCUUCGUGGCGACGGUGCACAUGCACCUGCCGCCGUACGCGCGCUGGUCGCGCGCCAUCCUGGAGCGCUUCGCGCGCACGGCGCCGCCGGGCAGCACGCGCCUGGACGUGACCACCAUGAGCCUGAUCGGCAAGCCGCGGGUCAGCUCCAUGGUGCUGGCGGACCUGCGGCCGGCGAGCGGGCGCCUCGGCAUGGUCACGCACGAGCGCGACACGGCCGCGCUCGACGCCAGCCGGCCCUGGUGGCGCUUCCGCGCCGUCCGCAGGUUCGGCAUGCUCGAGGGCGGCGAGAAGCAGGUCAAGACAGGGUGGGUGUGGACGGUGCUGAGCGAGGGCAUCGCGAAGCGGAACGCGGCUAAGGUCGAGGCGGGGACGGCCACAGGGAAGGGGAAGCUGUGA